GAGACAGCGGCACGCCUGCCGAUAAAAGCCAAGGAAAGCCGGCUCCUUUGCGCCCUGCUAAUCCUGCCCGUAAACACACUCUUCUCCCUCCUCCUCCUCCUCCUCCCAAGAAUCCCCGCCGCUCAAGCAAAGGUCAAAGGGCACAGGCCGGCCGGCGCUACGCCUUCCUCCGUGCCGCGGGGGGGCUCCUCGUCCGUGCCGGCGAUGGGGGUCGACGAGGCUGCGCCGGGCGGCGGCGGCGGGAUCCGGGUGCUGCUGCGGCGGAAGCAGGUGGACUCCGACCGGGCCCGCGCCGCCGGCGGGCAGCUGCUCGCCAAGGAGCUCUCCAUCACGCAGCUCAUCGCCAUCGGCGUCGGCUCGACGGUUGGAGCCGGGGUGUACGUCCUCGUGGGGACGGUUGCCAGGGAGCACUCUGGCCCGGCGCUGACGCUCUCGUUUCUUAUUGCCGGGAUAGCGGCCGCGCUUUCGGCUUUCUGUUACGCGGAGCUUGCUAGCCGCUGCCCUUCCGCGGGAAGCGCCUACCACUACUCGUACAUCUGCGUCGGCGAAGGAGUUGCAUGGUUGAUCGGCUGGGCUUUGAUACUGGAGUAUACGAUUGGCGGAUCAGCCGUUGCCCGCGGCAUAUCACCCAAUCUAGCAUUAUUUUUCGGAGGACCAAAUAGUCUGCCAUGGAUUCUGGCACGCCAUGAGCUCCCAUGGUUAGAUGUUGUUGUUGAUCCUUGUGCUGCUGCCUUGGUUUUCCUUGUCACUGCCCUGUUGUGCGUCGGGAUAAAAGAGAGUACAUUCGUGCAAGGAAUUGUGACUGUCCUGAACUGCUGCGUGAUGCUAUUUGUUAUCAUAGCUGGCAGUUACAUCGGCUUCCAAACAGGAUGGGUCGGCUACAAGGUGUCUGGCGGAUUUCUGCCAUAUGGGGUGAAUGGAAUGCUUGCUGGCUCAGCAACCGUUUUCUUUGCCUACAUAGGCUUUGAUUCAGUUGCUAGCACUGCUGAAGAGGUGAAGAACCCGCAGCGGGAUCUGCCGCUUGGAAUAGCCACGUCGUUGUCGAUUUGCUGUUCCUUGUACAUGCUGGUUUCAGUUGUUAUUGUUGGUCUGGUGCCAUACUUUGCCAUGGACCCAGAUACCCCUAUUUCAUCCGCCUUCGCAAGGCAUGGGAUGCAGUGGGCGAUGUACCUUGUAACAUCUGGUGCUGUUCUCGCUCUCUGCUCAACCUUGAUGGGAUCACUUCUGCCACAGCCAAGGAUAUUGAUGGCCAUGGCGAGAGAUGGGCUGUUGCCAUCCUUCUUCUCUGAUGUUAGCGAAAAGACACAAGUUCCUGUCAAGAGCACAAUCGUAACUGGCAUCUGUGCGGCUUCUCUGGCUUUCUUCAUGGAUGUUUCGCAACUGGCAGGAAUGGUCAGUGUAGGCACGCUCCUCGCAUUCACCAUAGUCGCCGUCUCCAUCUUGAUCCUCAGAUAUGUUCCUCCGGAUGAGGUACCGCUGCCAUCUUCUCUGCAAGCGUCGUUCCGUUUGAGCCAAGAAUGUGAUGAGGAAAAGGUGGGGAGUCCUCUUGGAGAUGGGAACCAUGAACAGGGGACGUCUGAGAUAAAGGAUGUGAUUGUAGUAGAAUCAAUCGAUGACCCUCUUAUUGAGAAGCAGCUAUACGCAAAUAAAUUGGAUGAGUUAAAGCGGCGCAAAACAGCUGCUCGCAGCAUAGCAUCUGUAUGUGUGGGGGUUCUAAUCCUGACGGCUUCGGCUUCUGUAUCGUUCCUGCCAUUCCUGGUGAGGUGCUUUGCCUGCGUCUUCGGUGGCCUGGUCCUUCUAGCCGGUCUCGGUGUGCUCUCCUGGAUCGACCAAGACGAUGGAAGGCACUCAUUUGGUCAUUCUGGAGGAUUCAUCUGCCCAUUCGUUCCACUGCUGCCGGUGAUGUGCAUUCUCAUAAACACAUAUUUGCUCAUAAAUCUAGGGGGUGGUACGUGGAUGCGGGUCGGGGUAUGGCUGGUGAUGGGGGUCUUCGUGUACAUUUUCUACGGACGGACCCACAGCUCGCUGACGGACGUCGUGUACGUCUCCCUGGCUCAGGCAAACGAGAUAUACGGGUCUCCGUCUUCAUCAGGGUUUGUGGCCUAGAGAGGUUAUAUAUAUGAUCUUGAGUCCAUUUCACGGAGACCUCGAGCACCCUGAUUGGGGGGAUCUUCCCCCGCUGUUGCUGCUGCAUCAUGCAUGGCAAGCCACGACAAGGGGUCUGAAGAAUUCGACAAAUUCUGAAGCUGUAUACAUUGUAAUUUGUAGAUAUAUCAUCAUCAUAUAUAUGUGCCUCGUUGGAGGAUUGUAAAUAGUUAAUAUGUAUAAAUAGAAGUGUAAGACUUGCAAUGUGUGCAGCAUUGCGAGGGCUGAUUCAUUUGCGUACACAAUGUACCGGAGUCAUUAAAACUUGAGAGAUCUUGGCUGGCAUGACAUUGCAGCAGGAAGCAAUUCUCGAUCA